AUGUCAUCCAGCAUAACCCUGUCGACCGAAGCGGAUAAGACACUGACCCAGUUUCGAAACUGUCGAGUACUACGCAAUCACCAGUUAGUACAUGAUGAUGUUUGGGUACGCGGUGGCAAGAUCAUUGACCCUGAAAAGGUGUUUUUUGAUGAAAAAUUGCACGCAGACAUUCAGAUCGACUGUUUGGGGAAUAUUGUUGCACCCGGUUUCAUAGAUCUACAAAUAAACGGUGGAUAUGGAGUGGAUUUUUCGUUUGAUGUAGGAACGGUCGAGGAAGGAGUAUCAAAAGUAGCCAAAGGACUGUUAGCCCACGGUGUAACUUCAUUUUGUCCAACAUUAGUCACUUCCCCUCCGGAGACAUACCAUGCUGUAUUGCCUCGGAUUCCUAGAAGUGCUGGGGGACAUCACGGAGCAACUGUGCUAGGCUGCCACGUUGAAGGACCGUUCAUAAACACGAAUAAAAAAGGAGCUCACCCGCCAGAAUGCAUUAAAGAAUUUGAACAUGGUAUUGCGACGGUGCGUGAUGUUUACGGUUCGAUGGACAACGUGCAGAUAAUAACACUUGCACCGGAGAAGACAGGAGCCUCUCAAGUAAUACAGGAACUAAGCAACAAUGGAAUAACCGUAUCUCUCGGUCAUUCAAUGGCCAACCUGAAUGAUGGCGAGAUUGCGGUACGCCAUGGCGCAAGACUCAUAACGCAUCUUUUUAAUGCGAUGCUACCGUUCCACCAUCGUGAUCCAGGUCUAGUUGGGCUACUAACUACCGAUAACAUCCCGAAGGAUGCACUUGUCUACUUCGGUAUAAUCUCGGACGGUGUUCAUACGCAUCCGGCUGCUCUGCGCAUUGCUUAUAAAACCCAUCCCCAUGGGUUGAUCUUGGUGACGGACGCGAUAUCGGCUAUGGGAUUGGCUGAGGGCCGUCAUCGUAUUGGUCAAAUGGAAAUUGAAAUUCGUGCUGGACGAGCAUACGUUGCCGGUACGGACACACUUUGCGGUAGCAUUGCACCAAUGGAUGAAUGCAUUCGUUUCUUCAAAAAAGCUUCUAGUUGCUCUAUUGAAUAUGCAUUAGAAGCUGCUUCGCUUCAUCCUGCUCGUUGUUUAGGCAUCGAGAAUCAAAAGGGAACUUUGGAGUAUGGAGCAGAUGCCGAUUUUGUGCUACUUGAUGAUGAUCUGAAAGUUAAAUCAACUUGGAUCGCAGGGAAAUGUGUUUAUCAAAGAGAUGUGAUUAUUUCAAAUGGUUUAUAACAACUUGUAG